AUGAUUAUCAACUGGACUAAUGCAUUCAGGACUCUAAGAAGCGCAAAAGUAAAAGAACAGCAGUUCCGAAAUUCCCUAAUUUUUGAUUAUAUCAGUAGACAAUCGAGAUCAGCGAAUUGCUCUCUGUGUUAUGAAGCGAUAGGUGCCAAGGACUUGUUGUGUGAGGCAUGCUUCUAUAAGCUUCAUCCUCCUCCAAUAGAUUUCAAAAUCUCCAUUGUCGUCGAAUACGCCGAAGCAUGGAGGAGAAUAAGAGACUCGAGAAAACUGGGGGAUCUUGCUGAAGCCAGACGUCUUAGACUUCUUGGCAUUCCUGCAGACUGCUCGUUAGAGAAACUGGUUAGAAGAAUAUUUUCUCUGAAGCCUACCCGUCGUGAAGAAAAGAUCAUGCUCAAUAACAUAAAACUGAAAAUACGAAUUAAAAUGGCGAACGAAUGGGCUGUUUUAAAGAUAAAGUCAAUGAUGAAUCUCAUCGAUGAACAAUUGAACAUUAUAAGACUGAAAUAUCUCCUCUGCCUAAAAAACCUAAAAAUUGAUGACGUGCUCCUUCUGAAGAAGCAUAUGAUCGAAGUUAGGAAGUACAGAAGCAGUCUGGCUGAAAUGCUGAAAAAUAAACCAAACACAUGGUAG